AUGAAGCAGAGGUACUCUUCGCUGGAUGUCCAGGUUAUCGCUCGGGAACUGGCCUCAGAGCUAGUCGGCCUGCGUGUCUCGAACAUUUACGACUUGUCAACGAGAAUCUUCCUCUUCAAACUCGCAAAACCCGACCACCGCAAACAACUCAUCGUUGACUCCGGUUUCCGCUGCCAUGUGACUCAAUACUCACGAGCAACAGCAACGAGCCCCUCCACCUUCGUAAGCCGCAUGCGCAAAUGCCUCAAGUCCCGACGCAUCACGUCCAUUACGCAGAUCGGCACGGACCGCAUCAUCGACUACAGUUUCAGCGAUGGCAUGUACCACAUGCUGCUCGAGUUCUUCGCGAGCGGCAACAUCAUCAUCACCGACCGCGACUACACAAUCAUUGCGCUUCUCCGCCAGGUACCGGGCGGCGAAGGAUUCGACGAGGCGAAAGUCGGGCUGAAGUACACGUUGACGAAUAAGCAGAACUACGACGGAGUGCCAGAUAUCACGGACGAGCGCAUUCGCGAAACGCUGGAGAAGGCGAAGGCGCUUUUUGCGCAGGAGGGAAACGCGCCAAAGAAGUCCAAGAAGAAGAAUACGGAUGUGCUGCGCAAGGCGCUUUCGCAGGGGUUUCCAGAGUAUCCGCCGCUUUUGCUGGAUCAUGCUUUUGCGGUCAGAGGGGCGGAUCCGGCGACCCCGUUAGAUCAAGUUCUGGGGGAUGAGGGCCUCUUGGAGGUUGUGAGGGGUGUUUUGGAGGAGGCGCGAAGUGUAACCGACGACUUGUCGGCGGAUAAGAGCCAUCCUGGAUUUAUCGUCGCAAAGGAGGAUACUCGUCCGACGGCGCCGGAUCCAGAGUCUCAGGAGGCUACACCCGCGAAGCCUGGUUUGCUCUAUGAGGAUUUUCAUCCCUUCAAGCCUCGGCAGUUUGAGGGAAAGGAAGGGUUCACUAUCCUGGAGUUUCCGUCCAUGAAUGCGACAGUCGACGAGUAUUUCUCGUCUAUCGAGUCCCAGAAGCUAGAAUCUCGGUUGACGGAGCGGGAAGAGGUUGCGAAGAAGAAACUCGACUCACUGAGACAAGAACAUCAGAAACGCAUUGGCGCCCUUGAGCAGGCGCAGGACUUGCAUAUUCGGAAAGCCAGCGCCAUUCAGGACAAUGUAUAUCGUGUUCAAGAGGCCAUGGAUGCCGUGAACGGCUUGAUUGCUCAAGGUAUGGACUGGGUUGAGAUUGCGCGCUUGAUUGAGAUGGAACAGAGCAGGGGCAAUCCUGUCGCAAGAAUCAUCAAGCUACCAUUGAAACUAUACGAGAACACCAUCACGUUACUGCUCAGAGAGGCCGGGGAUGAAGGAGAUGAGGAAGAGGAACUCUUCUCGAGCGACGAGUCGGAUGAAUCCGAGGAUGAGGAAGAGGAGGAACAGACAAACACACAGCGAAGCUCUGAAGCCUUGACAAUAGACAUCGAUCUCGGUCAGUCACCAUGGGCGAAUGCGACCCAGUACUACGACCAGAAGAGAGUGGCUGCCGUCAAAGCCGAAAGAACAACGCAGUCCUCUGCAAAGGCGCUUAAGAGCCACGAAAGGAAGGUAAAGGACGAUCUCAAGCGUAAUCUGAAGCAGGAGAAGCAGGUCUUACGACCGUCCAGAAAUCCAUUUUGGUUUGAGAAAUUCCUUUUCUUCAUCUCCUCCGAGGGCUACCUAGUACUCGGUGGACGCGAUGCAAUGCAAAGCGAGCUUCUCUACCGCCGCCACCUACGAAAAGGAGACAUUUUCAUCCAUGCCGACCUUGAAGGGGCCACACCAAUCAUUGUGAAGAACAGAGGCGGUGCCUCCAGUUCCUCCAUUUCCCCUACCACCCUUUCACAGGCAGGUAACCUGUGCCUCGCCACGUCAACUGCCUGGGAUUCGAAAGCGAUCAUGUCUGCGUAUUGGGUAGACGCGAGCCAGGUAUCCAAGACUGCUGAAGCAGGUGAUCUUUUGCCUGUCGGUGAGUUCCUCAUCAAGGGUGAGAAGAAUUUCCUUGCUCCUUCGCAGCUUGUUCUCGGCUUUGCGGUCAUGUUUCAGGUGAGCAAAGAGAGUCUUCCGAACCACAAGAUCUAUGGAUACGAGGCAUCUACUCCUGCUCAACAGGCAGCGGAGACGGGUCAGCCGGUUCUGGAAGAUGCGAAGGGCUCGGAAGAGGCCGCGCCUACCGAACCUGCUGAGGCUCCCCAGCAGGCUGAAGUGGAAGAACAAGCAGAGGCUUCAGAGUCUGAAGACGAGCAAGAGAGCCGUGAUGUAAACUCCACAACGAACCCAUUGCAACCUGGAUCAGCUGCUUCUCCGGUAGCAACUACAAACGAAAAAGAUGACAGUGAAACGGAAUCAGUUGGAGAACCUACUCAAGAAACAGAAGAGCAAAGCGAGGCCCAGCAGGUUGCGGAAGACUCGAGUCAGAAGGACAUGCCAGAAGAUGAGCAGCCUACGUUGGAUGACACCGAAAGUGUGACCUCCUCACAAGCGCAGGGAAAGCGUCAUCUUUCGGCAAGAGAACGGCGCCUGCUACGACAAGGGAAGCCUCUUGACACGCCGACUCCAAAGUCAGAAGAGGCAAGCGGGCGCUCGACACCAGUUACUAACGGCACAACAAAGUCCGCAGAGACAAAGUCUACCCCUCUGCCCGUCCGUGGCCGUAAAGGAAAGUCAAAGAAAGCCGCCUCCAAGUAUGCUGACCAAGACGAGGAGGAACGAGAGCUAGCUCUCCGCCUUCUGGGAGCAAGCAGCGUCAAGGCGAAAAAAGCUGCUGCGGAAGCCGAAGCAAAGGCCAAACGUGAAAAGGAAGCGGAGGAACAGAAGAAGCGCCGCAAGGCGCAACAUGAACGUGCCGCUCAAGCGGAGAAGAAGCGUCAAGCCCGGUUUGAAGAGGGCGGCGAUGACUACGACGAAGAAACCGCUGCCGCCGAGGCCGCGGACCUUGAAUGGUUACCUGCGCUGGUUGGGACGCCUCAUCCGGAUGAUGAGAUUCUAGCGGCUAUCCCCGUAUGCGCGCCUUGGUCUUCACUCGGGCGAUACAAGUAUCGCGUCAAGCUGCAGCCAGGCGCAGUCAAGAAGGGAAAGGCUGUCAAGGAGAUCCUCGGGCGAUGGGUGGCCGAGACGACAACGGGCAAGGUCAAGAAGGAGCACGCCGAAGAUGCAGGGAUCAGUCGCAGCGCUGCAGAGAAACUCCGGGCACGGGAAGGAGAACUUCUCAAGGGCUGGAAAGAUACUGAGAUCAUCAACACGGUCCCGGUCAGCAAAGUGCGGAUCAUGAUCGGUGCUGGUGGCGGAGGGGGCGGCGACAAGGGUAAAGGAAAGGGUGGAAGCGGCAACAAAGGAGGGAAGGGAGGAAAGAAGAAAUAA